AUGGCAUCUGGCGUUAAAGUUGACAAUUCAGUUAUUGAAAAAUUUCAUGAAUUUAAAAUAAAAAAGAAUAUUGGUUAUCUUGUUUGUGGUUUCAGUGAAGAUAUAUCAAAAAUUGUUAUACUUAAAGAAGGUGUUAAUAAAGUCCCACAAAAUGCACCUGCAAAUGAAAAAAAUAAAAAAUGGGCUGAAAUGCUCGAAGAAUUACCAGAAAAUGAUGUACGAUAUGCUGUAAUCGAUAUUUUCUAUGAAACAAGUGAAGGAUCGCGUGCAGAAAUAUAUUUCAUUGCAUGGGCGCCAGAUACUGCAACAAUCAAACGUAAAAUGUUAUGUGCAUCAAGCAAAGAUGCUUUGAAAAAUGCUCUUCAAGGUAUUCGUAAUCAUUUACAAGCAACAUGCAAAUCAGACCUUGAUUUAGCUGCAAUUAUCAGCGAAAAAACCAAAUCCAAGUAG